GGAGGCUGGAGCCUGGAGUCGGCCACGGCGCAUGCUCGGGAACCAUCCUCCGGCCCUGGAGCCGCUGCCUCGGCCGCCGCUUCUGCCUUGGGGCUGAGUGUAGUGGGCGAGCGGGCGAGCGCGGGAUCGGCAGAGCAUGUCCGCCGUUCGCCCUGCGUUCCGGGGCGCGCGCUCGAGCGCCGCGGCCGCUCCAUGAAUUCCAGCUGAGCGCGGGGGCGGGCGGGACCUCGGCGCCCGCGGACCUGGCCCGGCAUGGCUAGCUCGUGCGCCGUGCAGGUGAAGCUGGAGCUGGGGCACCGCGCCCAGGUGCGGAAGAAACCCACCGUGGAGGGCUUCACCCACGACUGGAUGGUGUUCGUGCGCGGCCCGGAGCACAGCAACAUUCAGCACUUCGUGGAGAAAGUCGUCUUCCACUUGCACGAGAGCUUUCCUAGGCCAAAAAGAGUGUGCAAAGAUCCACCUUACAAAGUAGAAGAAUCUGGGUAUGCUGGUUUCAUUUUGCCAAUUGAGGUUUAUUUUAAAAACAAGGAAGAACCUAAGAAAGUCCGCUUUGAUUAUGACUUAUUCCUGCAUCUUGAAGGCCAUCCACCAGUGAAUCAUCUCCGCUGUGAGAAGCUCACUUUCAAUAACCCCACAGAGGACUUUAGAAGAAAGUUGCUGAAGGCAGGAGGGGACCCUAAUAGGAGUAUUCAUACCAGCAGCAGCAGCAGCAGCAGCAGCAGCAGCAGUAGCAGCAGCAGCAGCAGCAGCAGCAGCAGCAGCACUAAAAUGGCCUUCAAGGAACCUAAACCCAUGUCAAAAGAGCCAAAACCAGAUAGUAACUUACUCACCAUCACUAGUGGACAGCAAGAUAAGAAGGCUCCUAGUAAAAGGCCCCCUAUUUCAGAUUCUGAUGAACUCUCAGCCAAAAAAAGGAAAAAGAGUAGCUCAGAGGCUUUAUUUAAAAGUUUUUCUAGCACGACACCACUGAUACUCACUUGUUCUCCUGAUAAAAAACAGAUAAAAGAUAAAUCUCAUGUCAAGAUGGGAAGGGUCAAAAUUGAAGGUGAGGUAUCAGAGAAGAAGAAACCAACUUUGCCACCUUUUGAUGAUAUCGUGGAUCCUAACGAUUCAGAUGUGGAAGAGAAUAUGUCCUCUAAAUCCGAUUCCGAGCAGCCCAGCCCUGCCAGCUCCAGCUCCAGCUCCAGUUCCAGCUUUGCACCGUCCCAGACCAGGCAACAAGGUCCCUUACGGUCUAUAAUGAAAGAUCUGCAUUCUGAUGACAAUGAGGAAGAAUCGGAUGAAGCAGAGGAUAAUGACAAUGACUCUGAGAUGGAAAGGCCUGUAAAUAGAGGAGGCAGCCGAAGUCGCAGAGUUAGCUUGAGUGAUGGCAGUGAUAGUGAAAGCAGUUCUGCUUCUUCACCCCUACAUCAUGAACCUCCACCACCAUUAUUAAAAACCAACAACAAUCAGAUUCUUGAAGUGAAAAGUCCAAUAAAGCAAAGCAAAUCAGAUAAGCAAAUAAAGAAUGGUGAAUGUGACAAGGCAUACCUAGAUGAGCUGGUCGAGCUUCACAGAAGGUUAAUGACGCUAAGGGAAAGACACAUUCUGCAGCAGAUUGUGAACCUUAUAGAAGAAACUGGACACUUUCAUAUCACAAACACAACAUUUGAUUUCGAUCUUUGCUCACUGGACAAAACUACAGUCCGUAAACUACAGAGUUACCUGGAAACAUCUGGAACAUCCUGAGGAUACAACAACUGGAUGCAUCAAAAACUAUUGUUUUUGGUUUGGUUUUUUUUUGGGGGGGGGGUUGUGGUUUUUUGUUGUUUAUAUGAAAACACUCAGAAUGAUGCAACCAAAAGAGAAAAAGUAAAAAUCAAACAAC